AUGGCUUUCAAAGUUAAGUGGCAACCACGUUCGAAGAAUGCCUCUGUCGUUAUGCUAUUGAAGAAUGACCCUUUUGUGAAAGAGCUUGCUGAUCAGUUUGACACAGAUGAAAUGAAACCAGCUGCUGUCGAAGCAAUGACCACUGUUAGAUCGGAACCUAAUUUUGUUGUCGAUCUUGAUGUGAGUUCAACGCACAGCACAGAUCCAGUUACUCCUACUGGAAAAAGACACUUUCCAGGCCUAACUUUAGGAAAUAUGCUAGAAACUAAUGAACAAACCAGUCAUACUAACUCUUCUAUUGCUAGACAAAGUAGAAGACUUAGAAUGAAGGAGAAGAGAGAUGCCCAAUGCACUGAAUCAGAUCAUUCUCGAAACUUGGUAGAUAAAACUGAUGUAAGUGAUGCAAGGAAGAAAAGAAGGCUGAUAUUGCAAAAUAAGAAAUCAUCAUGUGGUCAUCCUACCAGUGCCCCAUCCCCAAGUAUAGUCUCCCCAGUUUCUAUUCCAAAUGUAGAAGAUAGAACUCAUUCAAUUGAUGCUCGCAAGAAAAGAAGGCUUAUAUUAGAGAAUAGAAAGUUUUCUGUCAUACAACCUGAAACACAGUAUUCCCAAGUGCCACUGUCUAACUCCGAGGAUGAAUGCAGCUCAUCCAAUACUUCUGACCCUGAAGAUGAUAUGGAACAUGCACCGUUAGCAGAUUCAAAUUUACAAGGGGAUCAAAUAUGGGAAUGUACAUAUUGUCAUGCACACAUGUGGCUUCAAGAACGUGCCAGUAAAACCAAAAAGGGACAUGUUCCCACAUUCCAUCGCUAUUGUCGCGGUGGUAAAAUUGUUGUACCUUUACUUGAAGAGGCACCUCCACUGUUGAGACAUCUGCUGUUUAACAAAACAUCUACCGAGAGCAAAAAUUAUCGAAAUAAUAUUCGAACAUACAACUCAAUGUUUUCGUUUACUUCUCCUGGAAUGAAAUUUGACACCACAUAUUCAAAGAAAGGAGGACCACCAACUUUGAGACUGCACGGUCAAACCUGUCAUCGAAUAGGUUCUCUACUACCAGAAAAUGGAGACCGUCCGCAAUAUGCUCAGCUAUAUAUUUAUGACACAGAUAAUGAAGUUACUAAUAGAAUGAAGUGUUUCAGAGACAAUACUGAAAUUGACGAGAACACUGUUCAUAAUUUGAAGAUCAUGUUAGAUGAGUUCAAUAUUCAUGCAAAAGUCUUUAGAAUGGCGAGGGAUGUCCUGGAAGAUAAUGCAUUCUUAGACUUAAAACUGAGGGUUAUAUGUGAUAGACCUGAGGACGGACGCGUGUAUAACAGACCAACGGUUUCAGAAGUUGCUGCACUAAUUGUGGGAGACAUUGAUUCUGCUUGUAAUAGGGACAUUAUUAUUCAAGCACGCAACGGUGGUUUGCAACGUAUUGAUGAGUUUCAUCCAGCAUAUUUGGCAUAUCAAUACCCUCUCAUAUUUGCGUAUGGUGAAGAUGGUUAUAGGAAAAAUAUAUUGCAUAGAUAUCGCCAUGAAACUGAGGUUACCCGACAAAAUCGUCAGAGCAUCAAGGACUGGCUUUCAUACAGGUUACAAGACCGUAGCGAGGAGGCAAAAACUUUGCUACACUCACGGCGUCUAUUUCAACAGUUCUUGGUCGAUGGUUAUUGUAUGAUGGAAUCUGAAAGGCUGAACUGGAUGCGAAAUAAUCAAUCAAAAUUAAGAGUGGGAAAAAAUAACAGGUUGACAGAUGAAUGCAAUAACGAUGAUGGCAGACAACAACAAAAGCGGGGAAAGCGAGUUGUCUUGCCUUCAUCUUUUGUUGGGGGAAAAAGAUAUAUGGAUCAACUGUAUUUUGACGGAAUGGCAAUUUCAAGUAGAUUGGGUUUUCCAGACCUAUUCAUUACAUUUACUUGCAAUCCAACAUGGCCAGAAAUUAUCCGUGCCUUGUCCGAAACUGGAUUACAACCACACGAUCGACCCGAUAUUAUUACUAAAGUCUUCAAAAUCAAAUUUGACGAACUCAUUGCAGAUAUAACAAAAAAUCAUGUUCUAGGGAAAGUUUUGGCCUUUAUGUACACUAUUGAAUUUCAGAAGAGGGGAUUGCCACACACACAUAUUUUGAUUUUCUUACAUCCUCAGAGCAAAUACCCCACACCAUCUGACAUUGACAACAUCAUCUGUGCUGAAAUACCAGACCCUGCUGUUCAUCCGAGGUUGUAUGCGUUGGUUAAGUCUAACAUGAUGCACGGCCCAUGUGGAGUGGCGCGCACGACAUCAACCUGUAUGAAAAAUGGUAAAUGCUCUAAAUACUUCCCAAAGAAGUUUAACGAGGAAACUAUUGUUGAUGCAGAAGGUUAUCCCCUCUAUAGGAGAAGAUCAAAAACCCACGUUAUUGAAAAAAAUGGUAUCACAUUGGACAACCGUCAUGUGGUACCUUAUAACAAAAGAUUUCUCCUCAAAUAUAACGCACAUAUAAACAUGGAAUGGUGUAACCAGAGCACUUCAAUCAAAUAUCUUUUCAAAUACAUUAGCAAAGGCUAUGACAGAAUAACAGCUUCGGUGUCAACCAACAAAAAUGAACCGGUUGAUGAAAUAAAACAAUACUUAGAUUGCAGAUAUAUCUCACCAUGUGAAGCAUGCUGGAGAAUUUACUCCUUUCACAUUCAUGGUAGAAGACCGGCAGUUGAACGUAUGUUUUAUCACUUGGUAGGCGAAAAGGCUGUUUACUACACUGAUCACGAUCGAAUGGAAAAUGUUUUGGAGAAUGCAAGUGUUACUGAUUCCAUGUUUACUGGUUGGCUAUCUGCCAACUCAAAGUAUACGGAGGCACAGUCACUCACUUAUGGUCAAUUUGUAUCUAAGUUUCUUUACCACAAAAAAGAAAGGGAGUGGAGGCCCCGCAAAAAGGGAAUCACCAUUGGAAGAUUGAUAUGGGUUCCACCAGCAACAGGCGAACUUUUUUACCUGCGGAUGAUGUUGACGGUAGUCAAGGGGCCCAAAAGUUAUGAAGAAAUUCGCAAGGUCGGUAAUACCCAGUAUGAAACAUUUAGAGAUGCAUGCUUUGCCAUGGGAUUUCUAGAAGAUGACAAAGAAUAUAUUGGUGCACUCAAAGAGGCCAGUGAAUGGGGCUCUGGACAUUUUGUCCGAAAACUAUUUGUGGCGAUGCUAUUGUCAGGUGCUGUUAAUCGCCCAGCACACGUUUGGAAGGAAUCAUGGCAGCUGUUAUCUGAUGAUGUCCUACAUGCUCAAAGGCAAUUGGCUUUAAAUACAAAAUUGGUUCUCACAGAUGCCGAAUUGCAACAUUUGACCCUGAUUGAAAUAGAAAAACUGCUUCAAGAAAAUAAAAGGACACUAAAAGAUUUCAAACCAAUCCCUUAUCCAGAUGGAUAUGUUCUGCAACAAUUAGGUAAUAGACUGAUAUAUGACGAACGCAAUUAUAGCAUUGCCAAAACAAAGACAGAAUUCACAAAUCUCUUUCGUGGACUUACAGUUAUGCUAUUGAAGAAAAACAAUUUUGUGAAAGACCUUACUGAUAACCUUGACCCAGAUGAACAGACAGCCAUGUAUCAAAAAAUUAUGCGCGCAGUUGAGUCUCAGAAUGGUGCAGUCUUCUUCCUACAUGGUUACAGUGGAAUCGGUAAGACAUACAUGUGGAGAACACUGGCGGCAGCAUAA